AUGGACGACGACGACGACGUGUCGCACUCCCUCUCCCCGUCGCCGCCCUCCUCCUCCGCGCUCCCCGUGGACGGCCCCGUCACCGUCGCCGCUGCGCCGCCGGGCUCCGCCAUGGCGGUCGCGCUCCCGAUCCAUAGGACCGCGGCGUCCCUGUACGCCAGCGCCGGCGGCGGCGGCGGGAGCGGGGGUGGGGGCGGGGGCGGUGGCGGCGGGAGGGAGGACGCCUGGAGCGACGGCGCCACAUCCGCGCUCAUCGACGCCUGGGGCGAGCGCUUCGUCGCGCUCGGCCGCGGCAGCCUCCGCCACCCGCAGUGGCAGGAGGUCGCAGAUGCCGUCUCCUCCCGUGACGGCUACUCCAAGGCGCCCAAGUCCGAUGUCCAGUGCAAGAACCGCAUCGACACGCUCAAGAAGAAAUACAAGGUCGAGAGGGCCAAGCCGGUCUCCGCCUGGCAGUUCUUCGACCGCCUCGAUUUCCUCCUCGCGCCCACCUACGGCAGCAAGCCCGGCUCCGGCGGCGGCGGAGGGCACAACUCCAACAGCCGCACCCAGAUGCCUGCGGCGCUGCGUGUGGGCUUCCCUCAGCGCAGCCGCACGCCGCUGAUGCCCGCGGCAGGCUCCGCGGCCAAGCGGAGGGCGCCUUCGCCGGAGCCGUCGGUGUCCUCCGAGUCCUCCGACGGCUUCCCGCCGGUGUCGGCCCUUCCGGCAGUGAACGGGAAGAGGAAGAGGACGGACGAAGGGCGCGCCGACUACGACGGUGGCAGCAGCGGCGACGACCGCGCGCAGGGGCUUCGGGAGCUGGCGCAGGCGAUACGGCGCUUCGGCGAGGCGUACGAGCGCGUGGAGGCCGCGAAGCUGGAGCAGGCCGCCGAGAUGGAGCGUCGGCGCAUGGACUUCACGCAGGAGCUGGAGUCGCAGCGCGUGCAGUUCUUCCUCAACACGCAGAUGGAGCUCACGCAGGCCAAGAACCACGCGUCUCCUGCCACGGCCGCCGUCCCUGCUGGUGGCUCAUCUAGGAGGAUUUCAGUGGUUACCGACGUCGGUGGCAGCAGUAAUCACCAUAGCCGUUACCGGAUCAGCCAUGGUGACAGGCACCGUCAUGCUCCACGCCCACAUUACCAGCAGUACCAUGACAACAACAAUCACGCGGUGGCAGGGGCUGCAAGUGAAGGUGAGCAGUCUGAUGACGAGGAGGAUGAUUAUGAAGAAGAGAGCCAGUAA